CAUGCAGCCACAAGGAGAGGUCAAAACUAUCUUUCAAAAGUCCGGGCAGGAAAGAUCGGAUGCCAUUUUAAGGAGAGAAAGCAAAUUGGCUCUUGGUGGACAAAGGACUCAGCUGAUUCAUAGCCGGGGCGCGGAGCCGCCUCCACACGCCGGGACAGACGUCCUCACCCGCGGCCCUGCGAGGCCGAAGACCGGCCGAGCUCCAGAGCAGGUCGCCAGGCGGAUAGUCAGACCAAUGGCUCUCUCUGCGGUCCUUCAUCAAGCCUUUCUCUUGGCAGUACUGUUCCUGAGGGCAUCCCAAAGUGAAGUCUUGGGUGAGUCUUUCCAGUUGACUCCUGCGGGACUUACUGUUUCUCUUCAGCCUAAGCUUCAGCAAGUGAAUUUACAGUGGACCGCCGCAGGCCUUACUCAUCAAGAAGUAAAUGGGGUAUUUCAGAUAGAGAUCAGCAGAAUUAAAAAGUCCAACAUCAUAUGGGUGGAGAACUAUAAUGCCACUGUGAAGCAGAAUCAAACUCUUCAUUGGCACUGGAAGUCUGAUAUCCCACUGGAAUGUGUAACACAUUUCGUAAGAAUAAGGGCUAUGGUAGACGAUGUCAGGUACCCGCCACAGAGUUCCUGGAGCAGCUGGAGUCCCUGGAGAGAAGUUAGAGAACACGUUUCAGUUAAACCUGAUACAUUAUUGAUAUAUCCUGAAAAAAAACUGUUUGAAGAAGGCUCCAAUGUCACCAUCUGUUUAAUGUAUGGACAGAAUAUGAAUAAUGUAUCCUGUAAGUUGCAAGAAGAGCCGAUCCAUGGAGAACAACUUGAUUCACAUGUGUCAUUAAUGAAGUUGAAUAAUGUAGCUUUCCUUAGCAGCACAGGGACAAACAUCAAUUGCCAGGUCAUGAGAGGAACUAAAAAAACAUUUGGUGAUGUUCUCUUUGUCUCAAAAGUGCUUGAGGAACCCAAGAAUUUUUCCUGUGAAACCCAAGACUUUAAGACUUUGAAAUGUUCAUGGGAACCUGGGGUAGACACUGCAUUGGCUUGGUCUCAACAACAUUCCCAAAGCUACACUUUAUAUGAAUCGUUCUCUGGGAGACGUGAGCUUUCUAACCACAGAAACUCGCAUAACUGGCAAAUCACUGAAAAGUCACAGGAAACAUAUAACUUCACACUCACCACUGAAAACAACCUAAGAAAAAGAAGCGUCAACCUCAUCUUCAACCUGACCCAUAGAGUUCAUCCAAAGGCUCCUCAAGAUGUUACCAUUGAAACUAUAAGUGCUACAAAAGCCAACAUGACUUGGAAAGUUCAGACCUAUGGAGACAAAUACACACUUUUGUGUCAGGUUGAACUCCAACAUGAAGGAGAAGUGAUAUAUGAGCACAAUGUUUCCGUCCACAUGAGCGCAAACCAGCUCUUGAGUGAUCUGGAGCCGGACACGAAGUACAAGGCUCGUGUUCGCUGUGCAGGAGCCAACCGCUUCUGGAAAUGGAGUGACUGGGCUCAGGAAACGUUCAGCACACCUGAGGCUGCCCCCUCACAGCCUCUUGAUGUGUGGAGACAAGUGUGGCCAGAGAAUGGAACAAAUGCUGUGGCCCUCUUCUGGAAGCCGCUAUCAAAUUCACAGGCCAAUGGCAAAAUCAAAUUCUAUAAUAUAGUUGUAGAAAAUCAAGACAAACCAACUAAGCCAGAACACUACUCUAUCCGAGCACCAUCCACUGUCAUAAAACUGAACCUUGAUCGGCGUCCUUACAAGAUUAACAUCACAGCCAACAACAGCGCGGGUGCAUCGCCUGAGUCAGUGAUGGUCAUCUCCAAUGAUUCCGGACAUGAAGAGGUCUGGGAAAAAAGAAUUCACGGUACAAAGGAUGGAUUUCGUAUUUCUUGGGAGCCAGUAUCUGGAGACGCUUUGGGCUAUGUUGUGGACUGGUGUGAACAUUCUCGGGGCCAGUACUGUAAUCUGCAGUGGGAGAAGCUAGGCCCUAAUAUCACCAGCACCAUCAUCACAUCCGACACUUUUGAACCAGGGGUCCGUUACGACUUCAGAGUUUUUGAACUAUCUAUGCAACAGAAUGCUCGGUUGAUAGAGCGACAAACAGGAUACACCCAGGAACUGGCUCCUUUGGAGAAUCCGAAUGUGGAAAUUAAAAACUUGACCUCAAACUCCUUCGUUCUGAGCUGGCAAAAUUAUUCCAGUGACUCCCAGCCUGGUUUUAUAAAGGGGUACAGUGUGUAUUUGAAAUCCAAGGAGCUGCAGUGCCACCAAAAUUGGGAACGGCAUCUUCUUCCAGGUGAUUCAGUGCUCUGUAUAUAUGACAUCAACGACCCGGAGAAAAAGACAUUGACUGUGGAAAACCUUCAGCCAGAAUCCCUCUAUGAGUUUUUGGUCACUCCGUACAACAGCGCUGGCCAAGGACCCAAUGAAACAUUCACCAAAGUCAGGACUACAGAUGAACGCUCCUUCAUGCUGCUGCAGAUCAUAUUGCCCAUGACUUUCUGUGUCUUGCUCCUCAUCACUCUGUGCUACUGGAAAAGCCAGUGGGUGAAGGAGACGUGCUUUCCUGACAUUCCAAAUCCAUACAAGAGCAGCAUCCUGUCACUGAUAAAAUCCAAGAAGAGCCCUCACUUAAUAAUGAGUGUCAAAGACUGUAUUCCAGACAUCCUUGAAGUUAUAAACAAGGCAGAAGGAAGCAAGACUCAGUGUGUAGACUCUGGGAAACUACACACAGAGGAUGCACCCACUAAGUCUCUCUCCAUGCCUCCAGAAAAGGAUUCCUCUGGCCCUGUGCCCUGCGUCUUUUUUGAGAAUUUUACUUAUGAUCAGACAGCUUUUGAUUCUGUUUCCCGUGGCCUCAUCCCAGAACCCCUAAAAGACAUACCACAUCAACUUGGACUGUUGGCCACACCUGACAAGUUACUAAAUGUAUUAGAGAAAGACUACAUGAAGUCUCUGGUUGAAAGCCCAACUGAAGAAACCAGCUUGAUUUAUGUGUCCCAGCUGGCUUCGCCCAUAUGCGGAGACAAGGACAGGCUUGCCACAAAUCCAUCAUUGCCAGUGCACUGUUCACAGUAUAAAAGGCAAAUGGCAGUUCCAGGGAGCCUCAUACCACCUUCCCUGAAGGAGAAUAACAGCCUGACCUCAACGAUCCUUUUAGGCCAAGAUGAACAGUAAACACCAACUAGCAUCAACUUAGUUCAUCCACCACAGGCCCUUUUGGGGAUGUAGCUGGUACCAUGCCAACAGUACAUGCCCAGGCCCUUUAUUCCAGGAGCACUCAUUAUCUGCAGCACUGAUUUACAAACAAUCACCACAGACUGACAGACUAAAGACCAGAACCAAACAAUUUGGCAUUUGCCCCGAAAUAGCAGGAUCGUGGAUGGAGCAUGCUGACCUUGUUAUUAUUUGUUCCAGAUUCACCCUUAUCAUAGUAACCCUGACCUUGACAAAGGGUAUGCAUCAGCCAUUUCACAGACCCUACCUACUGUGGUCCUAGGAUUUUGGUUUGCAGUGAGAAAACAUCUUCAUGUAAAUUUAACCUCAUGCUUUUUAUUAAGAUAUUAAGAGUAAAGCAAUUGGAUCAGAUUUUUGAUUAGUGCCACAAGAGAUUUGUCACUUUUAUUGUGUAGAUUUAUCACAUUUAGUGGAGGGGGUUACAAACUAGAUUUUGGCCUUACCUUGAAAUGAGAAUUUGUAGUCACUGAUAAAGUAAAAAUAACGGUCUUGGUGUCUACACUGAACCUAACAGUUUAAGAUGUCCAAAUGGAAAAGAAGAAUCUUCAUAGGUCUCUUGCUGUCUAGCUUGCUGCAGUAAAAACGAGAUUGCCAAGAGCUCCAGACUUGGAGUCUACAAGACUUCAAUCUUCUUCCUUAGUUUUUGAAUAGCUCAGAAUUUAAAAGGGGGGGGGCAUUUCAUUCAGUGAUUUCUUUCACAUAUAAUGCCCCCCCCAAAGGCUGUAUCUAAAUGACCUAGUUCCACAUACUUAUCUUUGAACUCUUGUAAGGUUCAAGGGAAUUCUAUCUCAUUUACAUUCCUGUCAUGCCAAAAUCCUAAAGCCUAUUGGUUAUAAUAUAGCUUUAACUUUAAAAUGUUCCAGGAGUGAGAAGUUAGUUUUGUGUUGGCCCCAAAGCACGUCUUUUAACAAAAUACACUUGGUCCUAUCUAUGGGUUUCACAUUAAGAUUCAACCAAUUUCAGAAAGAAGAUAUGCAGAAAAUAAUGUCUGUACCAAACCCAUAGAGUUUUCCUGUUAUUCCUUAUAGAGUAUUAAUAAUUUCCAUAGCACUUAAAUGCAUCAAGUAUUAGGGCACAGCAUGCAAAAAUAACCACUGCAUACAACACUUUCAGAUAAGGCCUGAACUCCCAGAGAUCUAUAGCUCCUGUCAUCAGUUCCUGGAAGGCGCCAUGGAAGAACAAGUAUAUUCAACAGACAAACAUGUACAGGUGUUCAGUACAUUAGUUUCUUCCUCUAAUGCUUGUCACAUUGCAAAAUAAUGGGAAGAGGUGUGUCUUUUGUCUUGUUUGCUUUAAGUGUGAUGGGAGCUAUGACUGUGCACUCAUAUGGCUGUUUCCAACACUGUAGCGAUAUCCAUAGGGCAUGUGGCCUCAGAUUGUAGAAACAGCAAUCAUGAGUGUUCCAGUUCAAGCUGUCCAAUCUUUUCUUUACAUCUAAGCAAGCCUUUGCUAGAAACUAUGGCUAUGACCUAACCUAGGACUAGACAGUAUCUUAAAUAGUCAAGUUGGGAGAAGUGGCUGGUCAGUAUUGCCAAUAGCCAGUUUAAGUUUUUCUGUCAAUGUAUUUCUCACUGGAAACUUGCACCCAGUUAGUGACAUUCAUUAGUAAAUACUGUUUCAUUUCAAUUUUGUUUAAAAAAUAAUCCACAAAACAUUAUUUUUUGCUGUUUCAAUAAAGUUCAAAUUAAAACA